GGCAUCAGCGCGGCCGCGCGCGCCGUGCGGGGCGGUGGGAUUGAGGCCCCGCCAUGGAGCCGCCGCGGCCGCGCUGAGGCGGCGGGCGAUGAACGCGACGGGGCGGCUGCCGGCGGGGGGCGAGGAGGAGCCCCCCUCUGCCGAGCUGCUGCCGCUGGGCGGGAACGGCAGCGCCGCCGCCGGGCUGCGGGAGGGCACCCACACGGCCACCGUGGCGGCCUGCGCCUCGCUGCUGGCCCUCGUCUUCUGCCUGGGCUCCUACGGCAACCUCAUCGUCUUCUUGUCCUUCUUCGACCCGGCCCUCAGGAAAUUCAGGACCAACUUCGACUUCAUGAUCCUCAACCUCUCCUUCUGCGACCUCUUCAUCUGCGGGGUGGCCGCCCCCAUGUUCGCCUUCGUGCUGUUCUUCGAUUGGGCCCGCGGCGUGCCGGGCGCCUUCUGCUUCACCUUCCACCUCACCAGCUCCGGCUUCAUCAUCAUGUCGCUGAAGACGGUGGCGGUGAUUGCGCUGCACCGCCUGCGCAUGGUGCUGGGGAAGCAGCCGCACCGCGCCGCGCCAUUCCCCUGCACGCUGCUGCUCACCCUGCUGCUCUGGGCCACCAGCUUCACCCUGGCCACCAUGGCCACCUUGAGGACCCACGGCUCCCGCCUCUGCCUGCCCAUGUCCAGCUUUGCGCGUGGGGACGGUAAGGUCAUCCUCUACCUCUACGUCACCGACUUCAUCUGCUGCGUGGCCGUGGUGUCCGUCUCGUACGUCAUGAUUGCCCAGGCCCUGCGGAGGAAUGCCCAGGUGAGGAAGUGCCCGCCUGUGGUGGCCGUGGGCGCCUCCAGACCGCAACCCUUUGUGGUGCCGCCAGCUGCCGGUGCUGGGCAGAGCGCCUUGCCCGCCUUGUACAGGAACCAGGGCUCCGGCAAGCCGCAGCACGGCCAGGCUCACGGCUACACCACACAUCUGGGCCAGCCACCAGCUGCUGGCCGGCUGCAGCUCGUGUCAGCUGUCAACCUAUCCGCAGCCAAAGACUCCAGGGCGGUGGUGACGUGUGUUGUCAUCGUGCUUUCUGUCCUGGUGUGCUGCCUGCCGCUGGGCAUCUCUUUGGUGCAGGACGUGCUGUCCAGCAGCGGUGGCUUUGUGCUCUAUCAGUUUGAACUGUGUGGAUUUACUCUCAUUUUUUUCAAAUCUGGAUUAAACCCUUUUAUAUAUUCCCGCAACAGCGCCGGACUUCGGAGACGAGCCCUGUGGUGCCUGCAGUACCUGUCCCUUGUCUUUUUCUGCUGCAAGCAGAAGACGAGGCUUCGAGCCAUGGGCAAAGGCAGCCUGGAGGUCAACAGGAACAAGUCGUCCCACCAUGAGACCAAUUCAGCAUACGUGUUGUCUCCUAAGCCUCAGAAAAAGUUUGUGGACCAGGCCUGUGGUCCUAGUCAUUCCAAGGAGAGCGUGCUGAGUCCCAAGGCGUCCUACGGGCAUCAGCACUAUGGACAGAGCAGCUCAACCCCCAUGAACACUCGAAUCGAGCCCUAUUACAGCAUCUACAACAGCAGCCCUUCCCAGGAAGCCAGCACCCCAAAUAGCUUACAGCCAGUGAACUCAACUUUUGGAUUUACCAAAUCCUACAUUGCCAUGCACUACCACACCACCACCGACUUGGUGCGAGACUACGACAGCGCUUCGACCAAGCCGAUACCGCUACCCUCAGUGUAACCAUGGGACAGCAGAUCUGAUCUAGCUCGUUUAGGGGAUGCCCAUCUUUGUUUGAGUUCAUGACUGAUCUAAACUCAGUGGCAUUGCUGUACUGCUGCCAACUUAAAAAAAAGAAAUACCACUAGUGUUGAUAUUUGGCUACAUGAAUUUGAAGUGAAUUCUAGAAUAUCACUUCUGUGGCUUUUUCUUGAAUUUCUGUAUCAAGUCAGAAAGGGCAACGUUUUAGGCUUGUGUUUCAAAUUGUUACUCAAUGACCUUUCUGUUGCUAUUAAAAAAGGUGUUAGCUACAUGAUUAAGUAAGGCAAGUUAAGUAAGUUAAGUUAUGUAAGGCAAGAUAUCUGGGAGAAGAACCUGAGGCUGUGCCAGGAGUGUUGUCUGUUGAAGUGCAUACUUGCCGUAUUUUCAGGAAGGAAGAGUUGGGAGGAUGCUUGGUCAUGCUUUAAUGGUUCAAAUUUCCAUUUGCUGAAGGUGGCAAGGAUCAGUGGUGUUCUGUUGCAGCAAGUGUCAGUAGCACUGAAAUCUCUGUGAAUUUCAGCUUCCUGGAGCAGGAGGGUUUGACAGACGGUGAUGUAUUGCCGCCGGGAGGGGACUGGUGAGAAGAGUUGUGGUGCCACAAUGAACCUCUGAAGUAUACGUAUUGAUUUCCACUGUUCAUUUGUUGUAAGGAUUGGUGCCAUUGUAUAUCCCAAAAUAAUGUAUUGAGCCAAGUGUUUUUCAUCUGAUAGAAAUAACUGCCCAGUACAAAAUAUAGGUUUUAUUUGAGGAUAGGGCUGAAUAUCACAAUAUUACAGUAUUGCCACAUGUUAAUAAUGCAGUCACCUCUGGAAUAUUCUACUUUGUACCAGUGUUGGUGGUUGCUCUUUGUCAGUGGCUUUAUUUAAGGGUGGGAAGUGGGAGAGAUUGGCCAAGACAUUCCUGACAGCUAUGAACAGCUGUUAGAACAAGAGUAACAAGUUGUUGGAGGAGCUGGGCCACUAUGAGGCUUUGAUCUCAUCCUGCAAAGAGCAAUGUCGAUUCGAUUUAAAGUUUAAUAUGUCUACCUACACUCUUUAUCUAGUGGUUGACACUGUGAGCAAACAACAGAAGUAUUUCUUAUAAACCCACCCGCUUGUGUCGUGCAGUGUGUUGUGGGGCGUCCAUAGGAGCUGGAACCAUCUGCAGGCAUUUCAAUUCCUGACAAUCACUGCUUCAAGCGGAUGGAUCUUUUCCAAGCAAGCAGUUGCCUCUCGGCUGCUGUUGGCUUCAGUAGAGCUGUAGUACCUCCAGAGUGACCGUGCCAGGGGCUUCUGGUGCCUGUGGUAGAAGGAUGACACCCCUAUAACAGAAUGGUCACGAUGGGAAGGUGGUUUGUUUCUUCAUUCACCUCACUGCUGUGUGUGAGUCGUUGUUGGUUUGGGCUAUUUGUUAACCAAACUGUUUUCAAGAUUUUCCUGGAAGGCUCUUACUUUAUGAACACUGUUCUUUGUUUAGCACUCUGUAUUUUAAUUAACUUUGAAUCAUUCGAUAUGGCUUUAUUGCAAUAAAAUGAAUGCAGACAACUUUCUAAUA